ACUUCCAACUGCAAGGUGCAACGACUUGACGAAGUCUCCUUCUGUAUAUAUGUGAGUUUCUUCGCAAACAAGUGUCUUCGUUGGUUGACUUUCGCCGUGAAUACUAUCUGUGGUUAUAUUGUUGACUUCACGAUGAAGCGUUGCGCCCGACGUCCUCUGUACGAUGUGUUUCUCCUGUUCGUCGCGAUGUUCUGCGUCGUACUGCCGAUCCUCUGCCACAGACUACACUACUCUAUCUACUACAGCCAGACCCUACACAUGGGUGGGACGGAUCCCUUCGCUUACGCAAUGAAGGUUAACGACGAACGCAAGCAUCUGGCGCAAGCAGCUCUUCUCUCACAAUCAACACGACCGUCUCACAUCUUACAUGAUGCCGAUGCGAAAGCGAAGCUAGCCAUUGGGAUUGUUACCGUCAACAGGCAAGUCUACAUACGGGAAGGAUCCCUCUACCACCCGGGGUACAUUCUACAGUCCGUCGCGGCGAUUCUUCGAGAAGAUCCCUCCAAGAAAACUCCGCUGGUCAUUUGCGACGUAGACCUGGAUCCACCCUCCCACUCUGAUGCAGUCUUACUUUCAGGCAUUGUUCCUGUCCGCUCCAGAUAUCUGAACGAGACCAUAGCUCCACCGUCAGAGAUGACGGACGUAUUCAAGAAAGAGAAAGAGGACUAUAUCUACUGUUUGAAACAAGUGCUUUCUUUUAACUCAGAGUUCAUACUGAUGUUACAAGAUGAUGCGUUAGCAACUCCUGGGGCGCUAGACACCCUGAACCACAUCAUUCGGACAAAGAUUGAAAAGAAGUACCGAGGUUUUGAACUGAUAGACAGCAACUUCACCAAAACGUUCUUCAAGCUGUUCACUCCAACGUAUAUGCAAAACGACUUCCACACUACAAAACCAAGACGCAUCUUCGUACACCUUCUUGAACUCGUUGGAAUGGGCAUCGUGGGAGGGACAAUCAUCACUCUUCUACAUUCGCGUCUACGUAAAAUAUCGAGAUCCUAUGCUCUAAUUCGCGUCUUCUUUUUGGGAAGUGUCGCCUGUUGUGGACUUGCAGCCUGGGCGGUAUCCAGGGUACAUUUGAUGGAGUGGAGGAGAAUUUCCAAAUACUUCUACAUCAUGUUUCAAGCGGACGGCUGUUGUAUGCCUGCAAUCUUAUACAGCAGGGACACUGCUAUCAACUUCUUGGAGUACCUAGAGACGACGAGGAACAGCAGUAUCCCUAUAGAUCUAGAGAUGGAUGAACUGGUGGAGGCCCAUGGUUACGAAAGUUUUGCCGUGGAGCCAAAUCUUUUUUCACACAUAGGAAUGUACUCUUCCAUACAGAGUAAAAUAAAUAGAGAAUUUCAGCAUGGCUUCGUAUGAAGAACAAUUGAAG